AUGGACAAAGAAAACUGCUCCUCCUUGGCUGAAUUCUUUCUCUUGGGAAUUAUGGAUAACUCUGAGGUCAAAGUGACUCUAUUCACCACCCUCCUACUUAUUUAUCUCACGAAUCUUGUGGCAAAUUUCGGAAUGAUUAUUCUAAUUAGAACAAAUUCUCAGCUUCACACACCUAUGUACUUUUUCCUUAGCCACCUCUCUUUCUGUGACCUCUGUUAUUCCACAGCAAUUGGGCCCAAAAUGUUGGUAGACCUUUUAGCCAAAAACAAAUCAAUCCCCUUCAUUGGCUGUGCUCUGCAAUUCUUGACCUUCUGUAUGUUUGCUGAUUCUGAGUGUCUACUGCUGGCGGUGAUGGCCUUUGAUCGGUACAAUGCCAUUAGCAACCCCUUGCUCUACACAGUCAACAUGUCCAGCAGAGUGUGCUCUCUGCUCAUGGCUGGGGUUUACGUGCUGGCAAUGGCAGAUGCUCUGAUACACACUACACUAACAUUCCGGUUAUGUUUUUGUGGAUCCAAUGAGAUUAACCAUUUCUUCUGUGAUGAACCCCCUCUCCUAUUGCUUUCUUGCUCAGAUACACAGGUCAAUGAGUUAGCAAUAUUCACCAUUUUUGGCUUCAUUGAACUGAGUACCAUUUCAGUAGUCCUUGUCUCUUACUGUUAUAUAAUCCUUUCAGUCCUGAAGAUCCACUCUGCUGAGGGGAGGUUCAAAGCUUUCUCCACCUGCACCUCCCACUUAACUGCUGUUGCAAUUUUCCAGGGAACCAUGCUCUUCAUGUAUUUCCGGCCGAGUUCCUCCUACUCUCUUGAUCAAGACAAAAUGACCUCAUUGUUUUACACCCUUGUGAUUCCCAUGUUAAACCCUCUGAUUUAUAGUCUACGGAACAAAGAUGUGAAAGAGGCUCUGCAGAAACUUAAAAAUAGCAAGUGGUUUCAUUGA